CUGUUAAGAUAGGGUCCAUCAAUGUUUGUACAUUUGUUUGUAUAUUGAUUGGGGAGUUUUCUCCCUGUCUCUGACCGUCAUCCGGGUGCGACGCGGGCUCGACGUCAACAGAUUCGCAGUCAGACUUGCGGGAUUCACCCGCUCUGACAUCGUCGCGGCCCGCUCGCGAACACAGGCCCGGCGUUGGGCAGGACGACUCCCUGUCAAUAUCACCCUAAUCCACCACAUCUUGCCUUUCAAAAAUCCCCCACUCCAUUUCCCGAAUACAGGCACUCGCUGCAGGCACAAGAUAUCGAUUCCCCCCCUCCCUCCCUCCCACACAUACAACUCCUCACCCAAUGUCGACAGAUGUCACCCAGAGACGCAACGGUCGUCUGGGUGAGGGGGACUAUAGGGGUGACGAGGGACCAGGGCGGGCCCGAGGAUGUGCGGACGGUGCGAGAGUUGGACGUAGCAUUGGAGAUGCUCCCGAUGUGAAUCGUCACGCAGGAGCAGGGGGAGGGAGCAGACACAUGAGAUGUGGAGAGUCACAGAGUGCGACAGGUACGGCGGGCGGCUGGAUCACAGAGCCGAACGCAGGGCGCUGCAACACGGGUCGGACCAAGCUCAGCCGGACAAAGGCGAUUCGGAGAGCUAUCAGGGGGACUCGACGGAGCGGCAAGGCGGAAUCACGCAUGUGGGAGUGGGCACUCAAAAAGGGAAACCGUCAUGGCUUACGGGCGGCUGGCGCGAUAUGGAUACGCGAAAGGCCAAGGCCUGGAAUUCAAGUGACGAAAUUUCAGAUUUGUGGGUCGUGCUCAGACGCAGCGGUCAUUCGCACGAGGGGGACUGUUAAGAUAGGGUCCAUCAAUGUUUGUACAUUUGUUUGUAUAUUGAUUGGGGAGUUUUCUCCCUGUCUCUGACCGUCAUCCGGGUGCGACGCGGGCUCGACGUCAACA